AUGACCCACGAAGUAGCGAUGGUGGAAUCAGAUCCAAGCCAAGCCACUGAUGCAUCAGGCUGGUCUGCAGCCCGCUAUAACCAAGUAGCCUCCUUCGUCUACUCCUCCGCGUUUACCAGCCCAGUCUUGGAGCUCCUCGCGCCUCAAGCAGGAGAGCGGAUCGUUGAUUUUGGAUGUGGGAGCGGCGAAAUCACAUUAGAACUGAAGAAAGCCGUAGGGAGUGAUGGCCGUGUCGUCGGUGUUGAUUCUAGUUCCAGCAUGAUUGACAAAGCCAAGCUUGCGGGCCUCGAGCAUGCAUUUGUCGCUGACAUCCAAACCCCUGCAGACCUCCCCGAGGCUCUCCUGGCGUCUACCAAUCAGUUUGACGCGGUGUUCUCGAAUGCUGCACUGCACUGGUGUAAACGGGAUCCCAUGGGUGUGAUGCUCAGUGUCAAACGGAUGCUGAAGCCCGGCGGUCGGUUCGUGGGUGAAAUGGGAGGAUUUAUGAAUUGUGUAGGUGUUCGAUCUGCGCUACACGUAGCCUUGCGCAGGAGGAAUCAUGACCCGGUCACAAUGGAUCCUUGGUAUUUCCCCUCCGUCCACGAUUAUCAGUCGCUUCUAUCUUCCGCUGGCUUCAAAGUCCUGCACAUUUCGCUAAACCCUCGAUAUACGCCGAUUCUUGCAGGGCUCGGUGCUUGGUUGGAGUUGUUUGUUAGGCAUUCCUUUCUUCGAGAGCUGGGGGACGAAGAGGCAAAGGAGGUGAUAAACGAAGUUGCUGAGCUGUGCGCAGUGGACUCUCAAGACGCUCAAGGUCAGUGGGCACUGAUGUAUAUGAGGCUAAGAUUCCAUGCCGUAUUGUCAGCGCCAUAG